GAUCAAUAUUAAACCUCCCUUUCUUUUGUCUUCCAGGUGCAACAUCGAGUAACGGGUCAGGUGAUGGCUCUGAAGAUGAACAUCCUGGCCAGUAACCGAGCCAACAUGCUCAGGGAGGUCCAGCUGAUGAACAGAUUAUCACACCCUAACAUACUCAGGUUUUUUGGCGUGUGCGUGCACGAGGGGCAGCUGCACGCUCUGACGGAGUUCAUCAACGGGGGGAACUUGGAGCAGCUGUUGGACAGCGAGGCGUACCUGUCGUGGAGCGUGCGCCUCAGUCUGGCUCUGGACAUCGCUCGAGGACUCAAGUACCUGCACAGCAAGGGCAUCUUCCACAGGGACCUCACUUCCAAGAACUGCCUGGUGCGCUGGGAGGGCGACGUGUGCUCAGCUGUGGUCGGAGACUUUGGCCUGGCAGAGAAAAUUCCAGAUUACAGCGAGGACGACGUCCAGGAGCCGCUGGCUGUCGUCGGCUCCCCGUACUGGAUGGCUCCAGAGGUGCUCAGAGGAGAAAUUUAUAACGAGAAGGUGGACGUGUUUGCAUACGGCAUCAUCCUGUGUGAGAUUAUUGCGAGGAUACAGGCCGAUCCUGACAUCCUGCCACGUACUGAG